AUGAAAAAAACUCGAUUCAAUAAUCUUUUAUAUGAUAUAACAGAAAGACAAAUACGAGCAGAAACAAACAGAGAAACUUUAGUAAAUGAAGAACAUUAUGAUCUUAUAAUUCAGUCAUUAGUAGAAUUUGUUUUUAAACCUCCAAGAACAAUUCAAACAUUACAAAAUUUAAGACAAGAACUUUAUAAUAAAAUAACACAAUCAUCAUAUAGAAUUAAAAAAAUUAAAAAUCUAAAAGAAGCAUUUGAUUGGUUGAUAGAUUUGCUAGAGAAAAAAGAAAAAAUAUAUAAUCUUUUUAAUGAAAUAAUAAUAAAUUAUAUCGAAGAAAAAUAUUUUAACAAUGAGAUCGAUAAAAUAGAUGAAAAAACAUGUUUGUAUAAAAAACAAUUUCUUCAAAAUUUAAAAGAACAAAUAUAUGAAAUGUACAAUAAUGAAGAAAAGGAUUAUUAUUUUAUUGAUUUAAAAGGCGAUAUUGAUAUGUUUAACAAAAAUAUUACAGAUUUUAUAGAUAAAACUAUAAAAAAAAAUAUAAUAUAUAAAUUGAUAAAGGAAAUUUACCAAGAAAAUAAAGAUACUCCAGAUCCAAAAAGAAGAAAUAAAAGAAUAAUGAAACCAGAAAAAGAAUAUAAUAAAGAAUCGAUCCCAUUUGUGCAUUCAAUAUUGGUAAAAUGGGAAUUUAUAGAAGAUGUUUCUCCUUUAACAAUUAGUGCUAUUUUUGAUAUAUAUAAAGAAGUUGUUAACACGAGUGAUGAAGAAAUAAAAAAUUUAAAAACAAUAAUCAUAAAUAAUUUAGACAAUUAUCUUGAUAUUUUAUGGUCGAUAGCAUAUUCUUUAGCAUUAGCGACAUCGAUUGAUUUUUACAAGAAAGCAAAAGCAAGAUAUUUCACAAAACAACAUUUUCUUGAUAUUGUUAUGAGUGAAUUAAACAAGGGUUCAAUAUUAUCUGAAGUUGAAUGUAUCAAUAAUUUAAUUAAACAAUACGAAGAAAAACUUGUUAAAAAAGGAAACAGAAAUAUCAAAUCUUCAAAAACUUGUUAUAGCUAA